GGUGGAGUGGGAGAAAUGGGCUCUGGACAGGCUCCACCGGCACGCAUUGUCUUGGUUGGUGUCUGUGCUUGGCGCUCAGCUGAUGUCUUUGGGAGCUUUUGAACAAGGAACAAAGGGAAUGUGGAAAUGAAAGAGAGAGGGAGAGAGAGGCUGGCAGAUGUAAUGAGACGCGGUGAAGGUGUACGCAGACGGGCACUCCCACGCCUCCUCCCUUCGGCUCUCACUGCAGCCCUGGGUAACUCGAAGGCUAACACAAACAGCUUUUCUCCCGCAGCCUGCCCUCUGUCACUAAGAAUGUCUUCCAAGCAAGCCACCUCUCCAUUUGCCUGUACAGCGGAUGGAGAGGAAACAAUGACCCAGGAUUUGACCUCAAGGGAAAAGGAAGAGGGCAGUGAUCAGCACCCGGCCUCCCAUCUGCCUCUGCACCCCAUAAUGCACAACAAACCUCACUCUGAGGAGCUGCCGACGCUUGUCAGUACCAUUCAACAAGAUGCUGACUGGGACAGCGUUCUGUCAUCUCAGCAAAGAAUGGAGUCAGAGAAUAAUAAGUUAUGUUCCCUAUAUUCCUUCCGAAAUACGUCUACCUCACCACAUAAGCCUGACGAAGGGAGUCGGGAGCGGGAAAUAAUGAACAGUGUUACUUUUGGAACCCCGGAACGCCGCAAAGGGAGCCUUGCCGAUGUGGUGGAUACGCUGAAGCAGAAGAAGCUGGAGGAGAUGACUCGGACGGAACAAGAGGAUUCCUCCUGCAUGGAAAAACUACUUUCAAAAGAUUGGAAGGAAAAAAUGGAAAGACUAAAUACGAGUGAACUUCUUGGAGAAAUCAAAGGGAAUCCAGAGGACAUUUUGGAGAAAGAACGGCAACUCUCCACCAUGAUUACCCAGCUGAUCAGCUUGCGGGAGCAGCUCCUGGCAGCGCACGAUGAACAGAAAAAGCUGGCAGCCUCGCAGAUCGAGAAACAGCGGCAGCAAAUGGACCUUGCUCGCCAACAGCAAGAACAGAUCGCAAGACAACAGCAGCAACUUCUACAGCAGCAGCACAAGAUUAAUCUCCUGCAGCAACAGAUCCAGGUUCAGGGGCACAUGCCUCCGCUCAUGAUCCCAAUUUUUCCACAUGACCAGCGGACCUUGGCAGCAGCUGCUGCCGCCCAACAGGGAUUCCUCUUCCCCCCUGGAAUAACAUACAAGCCAGGUGAUAACUACCCCGUACAGUUCAUUCCGUCAACAAUGGCAGCUGCUGCUGCUUCUGGACUCAGCCCUUUACAGCUUCAGAAGGGUCAUGUAUCUCACCCACAAAUUAACCCAAGGCUAAAGGGCAUAAGUGACCGUUUGGGCAGGAAUUUGGACCCCUAUGAACAUGGUGGUGGCCACUCUUACAACCACAAACAGAUUGAGCAGCUCUAUGCCGCUCAGCUGGCCAGCAUGCAGGUGUCACCUGGAGCAAAGAUGCCAUCAACUCCGCAGCCACCAAACUCAGCAGGGGCGGUCUCACCUACUGGGAUAAAAAAUGAAAAGAGAGGGACCAGCCCUGUAACUCAAGUUAAGGAUGAAACAACAGCCCAGCCACUGAAUCUCUCAUCCCGGCCUAAGACAGCAGAGCCUGUGAAGUCCCCAACAUCUCCCACCCAGAGCCUCUUCCCAGCCAGCAAAACCAGCCCUGUCAACCUGCCAAACAAGGGCAGCAUCCCCAGCCCCAUCGGGGGGAGCCUGGGGAGAGGAUCCUCUUUAGAUAUACUAUCCAGUCUCAACUCUCCUGCCCUGUUUGGGGACCAGGACACAGUGAUGAAAGCUAUCCAGGAGGCUCGGAAGAUGCGAGAACAGAUCCAGCGGGAGCAGCAACAACAGCCGCACGGAGUUGAUGGGAAGCUGUCCUCCAUGAACAGCAUGGGGCUGAGCAACUGCAGGAAUGAGAAGGAAAGAACACGCUUUGAGAACCUGGGUCCCCAAUUAACAGGAAAGUCAAGUGAAGACGGAAAGCUGGGCCCUGGUGUCAUCGAUCUGACUCGGCCAGAGGACGCAGAAGGAAGCAAAGCAAUGAAUGGCUCUGCAGCUAAACUACAGCAGUAUUAUUGUUGGCCAACAGGAGGCGCCACUGUGGCUGAAGCACGCGUCUACAGGGAUGCCCGAGGCCGUGCCAGCAGCGAGCCCCACAUCAAGCGACCAAUGAAUGCGUUCAUGGUUUGGGCAAAGGACGAAAGGAGGAAAAUUCUUCAGGCCUUCCCUGACAUGCAUAACUCCAACAUUAGCAAAAUCUUAGGAUCUCGCUGGAAAUCCAUGUCCAACCAGGAGAAGCAACCUUACUAUGAAGAGCAGGCCCGGCUAAGCAAAAUCCACCUAGAGAAGUACCCAAACUACAAGUACAAACCCCGGCCGAAGCGCACGUGCAUCGUGGACGGCAAGAAGCUCCGGAUCGGGGAGUACAAGCAGCUGAUGCGCUCACGAAGGCAGGAGAUGCGACAGUUCUUCACGGUGGGGCAACAGCCGCAGAUUCCCAUCACCACAGGAACAGGUGUUGUGUAUCCUGGUGCUAUUACUAUGGCAACGACCACACCAUCACCUCAGAUGACAUCUGACUGCUCUAGCACCUCUGCCAGCCCAGAGCCCAGCCUCCCUGUCAUCCAGAGCACGUAUGGUAUGAAGAUGGACGGCGCGAGCCUGGCUGGGAACGACAUGAUUAAUGGCGAGGAUGAAAUGGAAGCCUAUGACGACUACGAAGAUGAUCCCAAAUCAGACUAUAGCAGCGAAAACGAGGCCCCAGAGCCUGUCAGUGCCAACUGAGGAGCUUUUGUUUGCUGAAUUAAAACACUCUGACAUUUCGCUCCCUUUCCCCAACAACAACAACAAAGUUCUUAAAGAGCCCGCAUGCAUUUGUGGCUCCACAAUACAUCAGCAGAAUGGUCUUAAUUGCUUCGUAACGUGUGAGACAGAUGACGUUUUCCUGAUUUUUCAUAAACUUGAGUUUUUGUCGUUACCGUUACUGUUGUUGUUUAUUUAGGUGAAGAUGUAUUAAAUAUGAGACACCGGGACUUGGAAACCUAUCUCCGCCCAUCGCCGUCUUACGAGUCUUACAUUUCUGUCUUACUAUUUUUCUUUUGGAUGUUGACAAAGGGUUUAAGUUACUGUUUUAGAUGGGGUUAAACAUUCUCACUCAGGUAUGCUGUGCCGGCUACAGGUUGUGAAUGUGUUUUUAUUCUGAAUUACUUUAGAAAAAUAACUGAGGAUUUCGUAUUGUGAAACCGGACAAGUCCACGGCGUGAGCGGCUGCAUAUAGAACAUGGUCAAAAGGCCUCGGAAUUCCAUUUUUUUUUCCAUGUGUAGAAUUCAACUUUGAAUGUGCCAAACUUUUUUCAUAACUUUUGAAUCUUAACUAUUUUGAAAGUCUUACAGGAGACACUGCAAAGUCUUAGACAAUCUUUGGCAUCUUAAAAUAAAAUAGCAAACCACAUUUUUUUUUCCAGAAAAUGGUGAAGUACUCAGGAAUCUGGAGACAAGAUAUUGUAAGGAAUGAGCAAGGCUGCCACAGUGCGUGAACCCAAUUGUGUUUGCCUCUUGAUGUGCCAUCAGUGUGUGGUGUGGGUUGGCAUAGAUCAGAGCAAUCACCACACCAGACACUACACAGUGGGCUCCCCUGUCUGAGACCACACCAGACACCAACACGGUGGGCUCCCCUGUCUGAGACCGCCUCUCACUACAUCCAUUCUUCCUUGCCUUUUGCCCUGACAUUCAAUCUUAACACAUUGUUCUCUUAAAUAAUUUAUUCAUUCCAGAAUGUCAAGGGUCCACUUACUAUUUAUUUUAAAAAUUAUUGGUGGCAUUAAUUUAAUAUUUUUUCCUUCCUUGCCCUUUAACCUCUUCUUCCUGCUGGAUACAAAAGAUGUACAUAGCAACCUCGUGUCCCCAGAGUCCAUGGAGACGUCUCUGAAGUGAUGCUAGCCAUGCAUACAUGGUUGUUUUUAAAAAUGAGUGUAUAUCUGGCUGCAGGGUUGUGCAUCUGCAUCAAGGUGUCCUACAUUUAAACAUGUAUGCCCCCAGGAGUCACUGUGACCUCAGGUCUUUGACUAGAGUUUCUCCUUCAUUCAAUUUUUCAGUAAACAGUAGAACCUGAGUUCCAUUCAGCAGCGAGGGUCAGCAGUGGUUACUGCCAGUCAAGGAGCCUCUCACAGCCACUCUGAAGCCCAAGGGCCAUGGGCCACACAGGAGUCUACAUUGCAGCUGGCAUGCUGUCACCUUUGCUGAGCUACCUGGUCCCAGCUGGCACAUCCAUGGAGAUCUUUGCAAAAUCUGCAGAUUGUUAGACAAUUUAAAGGAAAGACUGGGAAAGGAAAGCACAGGGAGGGAAAGUGCAGGCGUGCGGCCAGCUCUUAGGGGCACAUGGAGUCUGGAGGUACCCGCCAGCUCCUCUGACGACCUGGUUUCUCAGUGUCUGUGAACGCUGCUGAUCUGCUCCUGUCGCUCAAGGUGAGCCCUGGAGACAUGCUGCAGGGCUGAGAGGGAUCCAGGCUCCCUCUCCCAUCUCCUAACUACAGGUAGUUCUACUAAGUUGUGAGUUUGACCAUCCUAAAGCCAGGCCUGUUGCUUACAAGGAGCCUUACUCAGAGCCCUUCGGUAGGAGGUGUCAGUGAACAGUACAGCCUAGCAUCUAAGCAUCAGGACAAAGAACAGCUCCAUCAAGAAUUGAGCCAUUUUGUCACUUGGGAAAAAGUAGUAAAACGUCAUAUUUAUUUAAAGAGUGCUCCAGGCCAUACCUAAUAGCAAUAAAUAUAGGUCUAGCCAAGAGAUGACCAGCUGAGUCAUUAGCUGUGAGUGCUCUCCAUAAGCUGUUUAAGGUACUGCUAGGAAUGUUUUGUUCUUAAUAUUAUUAACUGGGUAUUGGAACUUCGUUCUCAUACAUUGAUUUCACAUGAGGAGGAGGUCACUUUUCAAAAACAAGAUGAGUAUUUAUUAUGUCUUACUGAUUUCUUGGACUCUCUCUCCUCAGUUUCUCCUCAUGCUUCCCCACUUCUCUUUGGCUUCUGCUCUCAUUGGUAUGUUUGUUUCUGUUUUUGUUUGUUUGUUCUUUUUUUAAGGAAAAAACUGUGCUGCAUAGGUAGGAUGUUGUAUGGCUAGCAUUGAAUUGUAUGUAAUUAAUUUUUGCACAAAGGCAAACAUUUAGCAUAGUAGUUAAUUUUGUUUGUUUUUAUGACCAUGCCAAAAUAAUAUUCUGGGCUAGUAGAGAACAAAGGACUGUUCUUUAGGACUGAAACUUGAUUUUACUUAUAGUAAGAAAAAGAAAAAGAAAAGGAAAAGAAUCCCACACACUCACAGACGUUGUUUCGUACGUGUUACAAGCACUGGAUAUAAAUGGUAUUUUUAUCACUGACUAAUGUGAAACUGGUAUGGAAACCAUGAACAAAAGUCACCUGUUUCGACUCGUGUGGGCUUGCCUCACAGUUGCCGGAUCUGAGUCAUUUUUAUGUCUUGUUAUUUCAUUUAUUUAUGCAAAAUACAUGUGUGUAGGAACACUCUGUGUCAGCUCCAGCUUGGCCUCAGCACUGGGGUUCAGUAACUUCUAGCCAUAUUCUCAAGUACAAAAGCUGUCCGGGAAUGACUGGGUAUGAACGCCUCUUUCAUUGGCUCAGACAGUGAUGCUGUAUUGAAAUCUAAAUUUUGUGCAUACACAGUUUAUUCUAUUUAUUAGCCACACUUGGCUCUAAAUAUCCAUGGGGAUGGAGAACGACAAUCACAGAGAUGACUUACACCAGUGGGGCUUAAGCAAAGUUUUAUGACUUCACCAUCUCAUUUUUAGAGUUUUCUAAUUGUGUAAAUAUAACAUAGAAAUAGAAUUUAUUUUUGGUUCAUGAAUUCCUAGUGACAUAUAAGUUAUGUAUCUUCUUUCUUCUGUUCUCUAUUCAUAUGUGUUGCUCCACACUAAAAGCUGGCCGUCACAGUUAGUGUGGACAGAGAGUUAUCAGCUCCAGCGAGGCAGCAUCCAUCCUCAGCCAAGAGAGCAAGACCCCUAGCUGGUCCUCACACAGCCUGGAACACUGGCCCCAGCUCAGACUCCCCCAUCUCCACAUAGAGAGCUGAGGAGCUGCACACACUGAGCUUCCAGCAGAGUUGAAAGAAAGUCAGUUUGCUUUGGUAAUCCAGACCCAUCUGCCCAGAUAGCUCUGUGGCCCUAGAAUGGCAAGAAGCAGGAGUUGCAUUUCAGAGGUAAAGAUCUGCCUGCAAGGUUAGUAUAAACCCCACAGCACCAGCCCAGGGCAAUCCAAAGUCACCUUCUUGCAGUGUUCCGUUCCCCAUUUUACACUAGCUUUAAAUCAAAGGCCAGGUUUGUCUCCGUCAGAGCACUCACAGAAUCAGGUCUUUCUUUACCAACUGGGAAUAGCAGUACUGAUAGCCUUCCUGCUAAUGAACAGGCUCUAUGGACUAGGAAGGAAGGGCAGAGAGGAAGGAAUACAGGGACACAGAGAGAAGGUUCAUCCAUGGACAUGAGAAGCCUAGUUGGCAACUUCUCUUCCUUGCUGGCAAAUUCCAGGCCAUGUUGUUUUCGAAAACACUCUCUCAACCUUUCAGGUUUGCAUCACGCGGCAUUUGAUACCUUCUAGCCUGUCCUCAGUCUGCAUUCCUUCUCCAAGGCCUGGUACUGACUCCCAGGACAGCUUCUAAAUUCAGGUGUGGGCUCACAGUGCUAUUCCACUUGUCAAAUGCUGGCCUCCUCUGGACAUUUGCCCUGUGUGAGCCGGGAGUGCUAAAAAAGGGUGUGAUCCCUCUAGGGCUGACACCAGGCUCCUGCAGAGCUAGGCUGCAUCUCUAGUAUAAAGCCUCCUGAGCCAGGAGCUCAGUGUCAGGGAUGACCACCUCCUUCAAGAGAAACAUGGGCUGGUCAUGCUGAUGCCACCGAGGAUAGUGCUGCUCUCCAGUCACUCAUUUCCAAUAAACUGACUUUACCAGCUUCUUAGGGAAAGGCAACACACAGAACUUCAUAGUUUUGAGCCAUAGAAGUUCUGUACCAAGUGUCAACAACAGCAAAGAUCUGUGUGUAGAAGAUUCAGUUGGGAUGAUGGCUGGGUCUCUCUCUUUACCGAGAAAGCAGCAGCCACAUUGGCUGUGCCUUUGCUUGGCGUGCACAUUUCUAAGGCUCAGGCUGACACUUUAGUUCAUUUUCCAAGUAUAAUGACAGCAGUGACCUUGCCUGUCCCACCUGCUCUGCUUUAUUUAGGCCCUCUACCCCUGAUGUGGCUUCCUCAUGGGCAGGUAUUCCUUCUGCCAAUCACGUUUCUGAUGCCACACACGAUCAUGGGUCUGCACAGCAAAAGUAGAUUGAAAGUCACAACACUGCAAAGCAUAGAUCCUUUUUGUCCCCAUCCUGUCCUUUCCAAACACCUAUAAACUGGUACUCGAGGACAGAGGUGGAGUGAGGGAGGGAGGGAGGGAUGGAGAGUCACGGCUUCCUGCAGAUUCUUCUAUUGACAAGGAAGCUGGUGCAAAGCAAGUAGGUGACGUUUCUUGCUGGUCCUAUGUCCACAGAACUGCAGGCAGAGAGCAGGGCUUCCAUGGGUGGCACUUGGAGUCUGGGGAAUGUGCAAACAUGUAAUUGCCAUCACCACAUGUCGCAGGGCUGCUGGUGUGCGUCCUCCAUUGUCUUUCUUCGUCAGAGAGCACUUACUCUCUCCCCUUUGAAACGCAGCCUUCGUUGUAUCCCUCUCUGGCUUGUAGCACAUUAGCAUGUUUAGCACUCGUUUUUGCUCAUUCUUGUAUUUGCCAUGUACAAUUCUGAAUUACCUUAUACAAGCCUCUAAGCUGUUACUACAUAACUUAUCUUACUGUAACUCUUUUCUUUGCCCAUUGUAAUUUGUUUGUGAUGUAUAUUGUGAGAUUGUAUUCUAUGUUAAUUUAAUCAGCACAACUCACUGACAUGCUGGACUGACAGGCUGGCUGCUGUUUUGAAGUGUAAAGCUUGUGUAGGGCUGUCCAGACAACUACAACUCUGUUGUCAAGGUACUGUGCAUUGGUUCCCAUAGCAACACUGUGGGUGUGACCCUUGAAAUUCUAGGGACAUUUAGCACACCCUCCAGCAAAUUUUAAGUGCAGAUUUUCUUUGUUGAAACUCUAUGAAUACCACAGGUACCUACGUGGCCCAUGGCUGGUAACUAUUUUGGGCAAUUAGAAAAACAAACAAGCAUUAAAAAAAAUAGUGUCUAUUGCUGCUUUGAAUAUGUUUGAAAGUCUGAAAAUGUAAAUAGUUUAUCAAAAAAAAAUCUUGUACAGUCCAGUGUAAAGUUUUUAAAUGACCUGAAGGGUUACCAUCACAGCUUUCGCACACUCUCCUCUGGAUAGUGAUAAAAAGAAGUUUGCUAAGGACUUAAAGAAUUGGAAAAAAAAACAAAACAACAGAAUCUCUUCCAACAGAAAGGAGUGGCUCACGGCCCCUAGCUUUGUCACAUACACAGACCUCUUGGAUCUUGUUGGACAGUAUUGGCAUGAGACAAACUCAGCAUGGAACACCCUCCAGUGGGACUUGUUCAGGGCUUUCCUGCUCUGCCUCACGAUUAAGGGACAGGAUGAGAUAGAAAGGCACGCCGUCUUUGUCUAUCCUGGAAUAUGUUGGCACCUUAGCUACUUUCCCCCUUUGCACAAGGUGCUUUCCCGAUCUGUGUUAGACACGCCAUCUUGGGUGAUGAUGUAUAUGCCAUGAGAGGGCUCAGGCCCGCGGGGAGUGUCUAUAGGAACUGCCUAUUUAUGCUCAUUUACCUCAAGACUGUCCUCUACCCUAAACUAGUUGUCAUCACUCCAUCUUUUGUACUGCUGUUGACACUUACCAAUUAAAGAUAAAUUUUGUUUUAUGA